CAAUAGUCUUAAUCGAUUCAAUGCCGUCAGAACUUAGUACACCACGAUUUAAAGUUUAUAGUUCAACACAUCUAUUCCUAUCCCAACCUUUACACUUUCAGGUUACGAGUUUCGAAGAGUCAGCUUUUAUAUGGGUCGGUGUUGAUGGAAACGAAGUAUUAGGGAAUUUAGCAGUUGCUAUGCCACUACCUUUAAAUGGUAGUACCUUAUCAACGUCGUCUACAACUUUACUAACAAAAGAGAUAGAGGAAACUUCUAAACAGCUUGGACAAAAACUUGGUAAUUAA